AUGAAGACACAAAACAUCCUGGCUCUCAAUUCGAUCCUUCUGGCUGGUGUUGUUUGCUAUCCAGCUGUCCAGAAGAAGACAGCAGGUGUCCACAAACUACUCCUGAUCUCCUUUGAUGGCUUCCGAUGGAAUUACGAUGAGGAUGUCGAUACCCCACACCUGGAUUAUUUGGUUAAGGAAGGAGUGAAAGCAAAAUACGUCACACCUCCCUUUGUGACCAUGACUUCGCCUUCGCAUUUUACAAUUAUCACAGGUCGCUGGAUUGAAGAUCAUGGAGUCAUCCAUAAUAUGAUGUUCAACACGGAAACUCUACGGAAGUAUGGCUAUAAAGAAACCCAGAAUAAGACUGAAUGGUGGGACAAUGGAGUUCUUCCCCUCUGGAUCACAGCUCAAAAUCAGGGGAAAAAAGCUGCCUCUUUUCACUAUCCAGGCGGCAACGCCAACUACAGUGGUCAGUCAGUCACAAGGAGCUUGGCCGAAUCCCCCAAUCACCCCGACAGCAACGAGACCGAGUGGCGAGAGAACAUCGACAUUGUCAUGAACUGGUUUGCUAAAGAAGAUUUUGAUUUUGUCACACUUUAUUACGGGGAACCUGACCAUACUGGACAUUACGUUGGCCCGGAGACUGAGGAGAGGAAAAAAAUCAUCCAACAAAUUGACCGAACGCUCGGCUACCUCCUCAGUGCAAUCGAAAAACACGGAUUGAACGAUAUUCUCAACGUCAUAAUUACGUCUGACCACGGUAUGACCACUGUCAAAAAGGCCCCGCAGGUCAAAGAGAUCUUGUUGAAAGAUUACAUUCAAUUCCAAGACGUCUCCAAGUUUGACAUUGUUGAUUAUGGAGGGUUUGGGAUGAUACUACCCAAACCAGGAAAAGAAGAAAAAAUUUACCGGGACUUAAAAAAGGCCCCUCCUCAACUGCAUGUCUACAAAAAGGAAGAGUUUCCUGAACGUUUCCAUUAUGCCCGGCAUGAACGUGUGUUACCGAUCCUGAUUUAUGGCGAUUCUGGCUACGUGAUCAACGGGAGGUGGAUUAUCUACGUCAACAAAGGGGACCAUGGUUUCGACAAUGAAGGCAUGGACAUGAAGACCAUCUUUAGAGCUUUCGGUCCUGAUUUCAAGAAAGGGUAUUUAGCAGAACCUUUUGACAGCAUCCACAUUUAUCCUCUGAUGUGCAAGCUCCUCAGAGUCCAGCCAGAACUGAACAAUGGGUCCCUGGCAGUUACUGAAGAGAUGCUCAGGACAUCUGCAUCGGGCAAAUGCCUUGUUCCUUUCCUAAGUUUUGGGACCAUAAGUCUCCUCUUUCUCCUGAUCUCCAUCUAG